AUGGAGGAAGGAGGCGGCGGCGCGCGGAGUCUGGUCGCAGGCGGGCCGGUGUUAUUGGUCCUUUGCGGUCUCCUGGAGGCGUCCGGAGGCGGCCGAGCGCUCCCCCAACUCAGCGAUGACAUACCUUUCCGAGUCAACUGGCCCGGCACCGAGUUCUCUCUGCCUACAACUGGAGUUUUGUAUAAAGAAGAUAAUUAUGUCAUCAUGACAACUACACAUAAAGAAAAAUAUAAAUGCAUUCUUCCCCUUGUGGCAAGUGGGGACGAGGAAGAAGAAAAGGAUUAUAAAGGCCCAAAUCCAAGAGAGCUGUUGGAGCCCCUAUUUAAACAAAGCAGUUGCUCCUACAGAAUUGAGUCUUACUGGACUUAUGAAGUAUGCCAUGGAAAACACAUUCGGCAGUACCAUGAAGAGAAAGAAAGUGGUCAGAAAGUAAAUAUUCACGAGUACUACCUUGGAAAUGUGUUGGCUAAGAACCUUCUAUCUGAAAAAGAACAAGAAAAAGAAGAAGAGGAAAAAUCGAAAGAGAUUCCCACUAAAAAUAUCGAAGGUCAGAUGACACCCUACUAUCCAGUGGGAAUGGGAAAUGGUACACCUUGUAGUUUGAAACAGAACCGGCCCAGAUCAAGUACUGUGAUGUACAUUUGUCAUCCUGAAUCUAAGCAUGAAAUUCUUUCAGUAGCUGAAGUUACAACUUGUGAAUAUGAAGUUGUCAUUUUGACACCACUCUUGUGCAAUCAUCCUAAAUAUAGAUUCAGAGCAUCUCCUGUGAAUGACAUAUUUUGCCAGUCACUACCAGGAUCGCCAUUUAAACCCCUCACCCUGAGACAGUUGGAACAACAGGAAGAAAUACUAAGGGUGCCUUUUAGGAGAAACAAAGAGGAAGAUUUGCAAUCAACUAAGGAAGAGAGAUUUCCAGCAAUCCACAAACCCAUUGCUGUUGGUUCUCAGCCAGUGCUCACUGUUGGAACAACCCACAUAUCCAGAUUGACAGAUGACCAACUCAUAAAAGAGUUCCUCAGUGGUUCCUACUGCUUUCACGGGGGUGUUGGUUGGUGGAAAUAUGAAUUCUGCUAUGGCAAACACGUACAUCAAUACCAUGAGGACAAGGAUAGUGGGAAAACCUCUGUGGUUGUGGGGACAUGGAACCAAGAAGAACAUAUUGAAUGGGCUAAGAAAAAUACCGCCAGAGCCUAUCACCUUCAAGACGAUGGUACCCAGACAGUCAGGAUGGUAUCACAUUUUUAUGGAAAUGGAGAUAUUUGUGAUAUUACCGACAAACCAAGACAGGUGACUGUAAAACUAAAGUGUAAAGAAUCAGAUUCUCCUCAUGCUGUCACUGUAUAUAUGCUAGAGCCUCACUCUUGUCAGUAUAUCCUUGGGGUUGAAUCUCCAGUGAUCUGUAAGAUCUUAGAUACAGCAGAUGAAAAUGGACUUCUUUCUCUCCCCAACUAA